AUGGCCAUCUCCGCAGCUAUAUCCUCUCUACAGCAGGUGCUGCUUCAGUCGCCAUUGCACUCCCUCGCUGUAGCUACCCUCCUUACUCCCAUACUCUAUGUCAUCUGGAAUGAGUUCAUUCGCGCCUCAGCCCGCGUCCCCGGAUUUGGAGGUCCCCGUGGCCUACCUCUCAUCGGCAACCUGGCGCAAAUUCGCAAAAAUGCCGCCGAACAGUACCGCAUAUGGUCCAAGACAUACGGGCCCGUCUACCAGAUCCAGCUGGGAAAUAUCCCCGUUAUCGUCGUGAACUCUGCGGCCGCUGCGAAAGUCCUCUUUGGUCAGAAUGCGCAGGCUCUGAGCUCACGGCCUGAGCUCUAUACUUUUCACAAGAUCGUCUCGAAUACGGCCGGUACCACGAUUGGCACAUCUCCUUACAGCGAAUCAUUGAAGCGACGCAGAAAGGGCGCCGCGUCGGCCCUUAACCGGCCGUCGGUUGACAGCUACGUCUCGCAUCUGGACGUCGAGUCAAAGGCAUUCGUUGCAGAGCUAUUAAAGUAUGGGAACAGUGGCAAGACGCCGGUAGAUCCCAUGGCAAUGAUACAACGUCUCAGUCUGAGCCUAGCCCUAACCCUGAACUGGGGGGUCCGGGUCGCCUCUCAGGAAGAGGACUUGUUCGACGAGAUCACCGAAGUGGAGGAGGAGAUCAGCAGAUUCAGGAGCACCACGGGAAAUCUGCAAGAUUACGUCCCUAUCUUGCGACUGAACCCGUUUAACACCAAUUCGACAAAGGCAAAGGAGAUGAGAAACCGCCGCGACAAAUACCUCGGCGAUCUCAAUGGUGAUCUGGACGACCGAAUGGCAAAGGGCACCCACAAGCCCUGCAUUCAAGCGAACGUCAUCCUUGACAAGGAAGCGAAGCUCAACAAAGAAGAGCUCACCUCUAUCAGCUUGACUAUGCUUUCAGGAGGCCUUGAUACAGUUACGACACUCGUCGCCUGGAGCAUCGGUCUUCUCUCACGGCGCCCAGAUGUCCAGGACAAGGCAGUCAAAGCUAUUCAGGAAAUGUACAGUACGGGCCAACCGAUGUGCGACUCGGGGGAUGAUCAAAAAUGCGCUUACGUCGCUGCCUUGGUGAGAGAGUGUUUGAGGUUCUAUACUGUCCUUCGUCUCGCGCUGCCUAGGACAUCCAUCAGAGACAUCACAUACAACGGCCUUUUGAUCCCGAAAGGGACAGUCUUCUUCCUGAAUUCCUGGGCGUGUAACAUGGACCCCGAAGUCUGGAGCGACCCCGAAGAAUUCCGACCAGAAAGAUGGUUCGAACAGCCCGAUGCACCCAUGUUCACCUACGGAAUGGGCUACCGCAUGUGUGCCGGCUCCCUUCUUGCCAACCGUGAACUAUACCUCGUCUUCAUGCGGACUCUGAACAGCUUCAAAAUUGAACCACACGACCAGCCUGAUUGGCACCCUAUUGAGGGCAAUUCGGAUCCCACCAGCUUGGUGGCGAUCCCCAAGAAAUACAAGGUCCGGUUUGUUCCGAGGAACGAAAAGGCUCUUGCUGAGGCUUUGGCUUGA